AUGGACUUGCUCAAAAGACACGGCGGACACGGACAUGGCCAUGAGGAAGAAGAGCAUGGCCACGGCCACGGUCAUCAGAGCGAGGAUGGAUUGAGACAGCACUUUCUCGCAUGCCUUUACUGGUAUGUCUUGGCGACGGUAUUGAUAGCUGGAUCUGUCUCACGGUUGGUCUCGGCAUUUGUCGCCAAACGAAGAAUAAAGAGGCGAGAUAUGGGGGCGAGUUCAGAUACAUCAAUCUCCACGGUGGAGAGAUUGCUUGAUGCGCCCAAGACCCUCGUGUCAAGAUUAAUCCCGAGACCAGUUCGGUUUGCGACGCUGCCGGUGCGCAAAACAAUCGUCGUUGUCGCAUAUACUGCCUUCGUUUCGCUACUCGUUACUUACAAGUCCAUCAAGCACGACGCCAACUUCCACGAGCGCAUCGCAUUCCGCGCAGCAUGGAUCACAGCAACACAGACCUCACUGCCCUUCCUGCUGGCCGUCCGCGUCAACCCAAUCGGCCUGCUGCUGGGCACUUCGUCCGAGCGGAUCAACUGGUUCCACCGAUGGGCGUCGCGAGUCUUCUUCGCCAGUGCAACCGUCCACGGAGGCUUCUUCACGUACGAGUGGCUCGCAGCCAGCUUCUUCUGGACCGAGGUCAAGACAGUCAAGAUGGUUCUGCCGGGUAUUGGAGCGUGGUUCAUACUAGCCUGGACGGUCGUAUCCACGAUACCCUUCUUUCGACGCAUCAAGUACGAGCUUUUUGUUGUGCAACACAUCAUCUCAGUGGUGCUACUUCUAGUAUUCCUGGUCCUUCACGUUCCAGACCAUCACCUGUUCAGCAUCUGGUGCGCCGUUGGCGUCUUUGCAUAUGAUGUUGUGACACGUUCGGCGAAUCCGAUCUGGCGGAACCUUCGGCUGCGGGUUUCGGCGAACCCUUCUGUGCGAUACGCGCACGACGCCAAUGUCGAGGCUGUUGAUGAUGAGUUGACGGUCAUGACGAUUCGAAAUGUUGGGUUUAGUUGGGUUCCGGGCCAACACGUUCUUAUUUGGUCGGCAACUUUCCGAUGGGAGACACCGCAUCCGUUUACUAUCGUCAACAGCCCGAGUGCUGAAGCGAAGACACAGGAUGUCCAACUAACCAUGAAGACGAAGACGGGAUUAACUAGGGAUCUGAACGAUUGGGCACGAAGGACUGGGCUGAGAGGAGAUAAUGGGAGCAUGCGUGUGCUUGUAACGGGACCCUUUGGAACAGUCCCCAACUGGAAGCAGUACGAGAACAUUGUUCUCGUCGCAGCGUCCACGGGAGGAUCGUUCACCACGCCUAUCCUCGAAGACCUACUUACAUCCCAAUCACCCGGCUGCGUCCGCAAGAUCAGCGCCCUUUAUAUCGUGCGUCACAAAACCCACGCCGAGCCAUAUCUCCAACGAAUAGCCCGAGUACUCUCCCGGGCCAAAGAGAUGGGUAUAUCAGCAAAUAUCCAAGUCGCCGUCACAAGAGGCUCAGGAACAGUCUCCGGGGCCGUUCUACACGAUGAUGCCAACGCCAGCCGCGAGAGGCUAAUCGAGCCUGAAACCACGCGAGGAGCUAGUGUGGAACUGGAGCGUUUCUCCCUGGACUCUGCGAGAUCGUCGGAGAGCGGGAGAGAGGAGCAGCUGUUGAAGGAGGAGGUAGAUCUUGGCUUGGAUGGCGUUUAUGCGUCGUCCGUUGAACACACUGAGGGACGGCCUGAGAUCGCUAAGUUUAUGAGAAUGGCGGUGGGGAGUAUUCCUGGGAAUGUUGCUGUGGCGGUCUGUGGAGGUGAGACGAUUGAGAAGGUUGUCAAGACGAGCGUUGCUUCUAUACGGACAGAAAGGAAUAGGGAUGGGAUGGGAACGAGUGAUAUUUACUUGCAUGUUGAGCGGUCGGAUAUGUAA